UCUUAAGUCGCAAAACAACUCUUUGCAUACAAAUAACACAGUACUAGUUUGUUAUUCCCAGCUUCCCCAAGAUGUUUGUCAACUAUGCCCGAAUCGGUAGCGUAAGUUUUCAUUGCCCCGUACAAUCGAAAACGCGGUGCACAAAGAAAGAUAUUGGUGCGAAGACGAAGGAAUCCCUGACACGGGAGGAGGGUUUGGGAACAGUGACCAAAUGAUGCAGAGGGGAAGAGGUGCCCCGGGUGAAGAAGUCUUGGCGUCUUGUAAGAUGAAAGGGGGAAAUUGAGAUCAUAGAGUCAUAAGCACUUGCUCCCGUGUCUAUAAUCGGUUGAUGCGUCUGGCAGUCAAUCGUGAGCGUCAAGAUAAAUCCGUCGAUUCCACUGGUUGUUGCUCGAUUUUGUUUCCCUUCACGUUUUUCUCACACUUUCUAUCCGUUGCGUUUGUUUCCUUUCUUCGCACUUUUCUUCAAUCCACAGCGCUUGGCUGCCCCAGCUGCCUUCACUGCAUCGGUAACCUUAUAUUCUCUCCAGGAUGCUCACGCAAAAGAGGCGGCUGUUGAUAUGGACAAGCUUCGCGCAGCCAUCAUGAAGGUCGUCGACGACGACGCCGAGAAGCGAGGCGAUGGUACCUCGUUGUAAGUCAGCCACAACGAUCGAUGGAGGAGGUAUUGAGCGCUAGUAUAAGCAUUCGAUUGUUUCCGUUGGACUCAUAUCUUUGUGUCGUUUCAUUGCAUGACAUUCUGUUUCGUUGCGUUGCUUUUUCUUCAGGGCCGGAACAUACAUUCGGUUGGCGUGGCACUGCUGCGGAACCUACAAGGAAUCCGACAACAGCGGUGGAUCGAACGGGGCCCGCAUGCGAUUCGCGCCCGAGUCCAAGUACGGAAACAAUGCCGGUUUGGACCGAGCUCGAGCUUCUCUGGAACCCAUCAAGGCCCAGUUCCCUGGCAUUUCGUACGCUGACUUGUACACCUACGCCGGUGUCGGUACGUCUGGACAAACCAGUUUCGCACGGCAAAUCACUGGAAUGAACAAGCGAAAGAACGAGCGAUCUGUUCACUUAACUUUUUCUCUCUCUCUCUCUUCUUUGCACCGCAGUUGCCGUCGAAGAAUCCGGUGGUCCCAAGAUCCCUUACAGUACCGGUCGUGUCGACUUUGAAGACGGCUCGACCUCCGACGAGAACGAUCGCUUGCCCAACGCCGACUACGGUGGUCGGGACAAGAACGUCGAGUCCAUCAGGAAAGUCUUUUACCGCAUGGGAUUCACCGACGGAGAGAUCGUCGCCUUGAUGGGUGCGCACGCUAUGGGACGUUGCCAUACCCAGGACAGCGGCUUCUGGGGUCCGUGGACGUUUGCGGAAACCACUUUUUCGAACGAGUAUUUCCGUCUCUUGGUUGAGGAACGGUGAGAAAAAAUGAGCGACUUGUCGAUUGAUCGAUUGAUUUGCCUCUUUGUUCCUUCCUACUGAUAGUGUUAGUGUUUAGGGCAAGACGCUCUGCAUGUUUUCUCAUUUCUUUGCAUUCUUUUCUAAUGCAAUUUUUUUCGUUCAGCUGGUCUCCCAAAACGAUGCACGAAGGAAAGCCCUGGACGGGUCCCGAUCAAUUCGAAGAUUCUACCGGCAAACUGAUGAUGCUCCCCGUUGACUUGAUGCUGAUCAUGGAACCGGCCUUCAAGAAAUACGUCGAAGUUUACGCCAAGGACGAAGACAAAUUCUUCACGGUAAGUAUUGUAUUACGCAUGUUUGUGUUUUGAGUUGUGUUGUCAUAGCUGCAGAACGCUUUGUAACAAUUGCGGGAAAUUGAUUGGAUCUUUCAGGGGUAUCCUCUAUCCAUUACAAACAAUUGUAUUAUGACCAUAAUGCUGUUGCAAACACGUGUACUUAUGAUAAUGAUGCUAUUGCAAACUCACCGGUUUCUGUUUCACAGGAUUUCGCUUCUGCUUUUGGAAAGCUUUUGGCAUUGGGUGUGCCCGAGGCUGCCAUUCCUAUUGGCGGCAAGCCAUGGUACCAAUUUUGGUAGAGCCUUACAAUCCAAUCAGUGCACAGUAACCAGGCAAAUUCGAUCGGAAAAAAUCGUAUCGAAUCGAAUCGAGCAUAACAAUACAACUUAGAUAGACCUAAUGGUGUCCCCAUGCACAGUAUUGUUGAUUAUUCAUGUACACCACGCUGUCGCACAAUAACUCAGUUUUAGUUUUCACAAUGCUCGUCUUUGUGACUGAUUUAGUUUCAGCAACGUCUAAAAUGCCUAUCACC